AGACAACCUGGACUUAUCUGACUCUACCGAGCCGAGGAGAAACCACAGAGAGACACACUAAACGAGACUAAACGAAACUCAACCAGAGAGAAUGUACUCACGGACAAACAGCGUGACUGUUCAGCAGGAGAGCUUCGGCUUCUCCCGGAUGGCGGCUCGCAGGACGGAGCCAGAGGUCUUCACCUUCGAGCGGAUCCCGGCUCAGGCCACCGCCGUGCGCUCCUACGUCCCCAUCCGGCCCAAGAAGCGCGCCACCCGGGUCAUGUACCCCGCCAAGGUCCGCAUGCACCUUCCACCCCCUGAGAAGAGCAGGGCCAAGCGCUGGCUGGUCAUCCUGUGCCUGGUGGUGCUGUGGCAGAUCUACACGGAGGAGCCCUGCGCGGAGACUCCGCUGGGAAGCACCGACAGCCCGAUCAGCGACUACCAGGGGUUCCGCUUCCAGGGAGCCGAGGAGCAGGCUCGGCAGCUCUCAGACUCCGAGCUGCUGGCGACCACUCAGAGCGACUGUGAGGAGCAGGUCCCGAACACCACCUGCACCGAGUCCAGCCUGGACACCGACACCAGCGGCUCCUUCGAGCAGAGCGCCGGCAAGAGCUACAUGGUGGCCCUGCUGGUCUACCACAGGCUGGGCAGCGACAACUAAUCCGCCCGCCCUCUACUUUAACUGCCCGAGUCUGGGCGCCCGAGAUCCACGGUGAAAGAGACCGGAGACCUGGAGCUGAUCCCGAGCAGAUUCUGGAGCAGCGGUGCGUCCUGCGCGGCGCAGCCGGGGAGGGAGCUCCAUGCACCGGCUUCUCCCAGCCAGCAGCCCCCUUCAGAGCGGAGCGGUCUGGACUGGAAAGAAAGAAAGAAAGAAAGAAAGAAAGAAAGAAAGAAAGAAAGAAAGAAAGAAAGAAAGAACUGUGAACUGAAACGAAACAAAAAGACUCAAACUUGAAUCCUUGAAAACUUGAACUUUGUGACCCUGCGUCAGCUGGAGACUGGACGAUCAACCAGAUGAAAUGUGUCUUAUUAGAAACUGUCACUACUAUAGAUACUGACACUCUCCUUCUGUUAUUACUGUUGUCUUCGUCUACAUGUCUUAUUUAGUUAUUUAUUCUAUUUGCUAUUUAUUGAAUAAUAUUUUUUAAUAAAAAAACAUCUCAAUGAA